GACGCGGGCCCCGAAACUGACCCUAGGGAGGUCCCCGCUGCAUCCCGCCACGCAAGCUACGCCUCAUGGAGGCUACGUUCAGCAGCCCCGGGGAGGUGGCGCUGCAGCGGGAGGCGGGAGUCCCAGGACUGCUCACUCCUCUGUCGGACCUCGACCGCGUGUACGAGCUGGAGCGAGUCGUUGCAUUCGUCCGCGACCUGGAGUGUCAACGGGUGGCCUUGCAGUUCCCUGACCAGCUACUGGGAGAUGCUGGGGCUGUGGCUGCACGACUGGAGGAGACCACAGGUUCAAAGAUGUUCAUUCUGGGGGACACAGCCUAUGGCAGCUGCUGUGUGGACGUACUGGGUGCUGAGCAAGCUGGAGCUCAGGCCCUUGUACAUUUUGGCCCUGCCUGCUUAAGCCCUCCAGACCGCCCACUGCCUGUCACCUUCGUCCUUGGUCAGCGUUCUGUGGCCUUGGAUCUCUGUGCCAAGGCCUUUGAGGCCCAGAACCCAGACCCCAAAGUGCCUGUGGUGCUGCUGAGUGAGCCGGCCUGUGCCUACGCCCUGGAGGACUUGGCCACUCUCCUGCGCCCACGGUACCUGGACCUGGUAGUCUCCAGCCCAGCUUUUCCCCUGCCUGCAGGGUCCCUCAGUCUGGAGCUGGAGCCCUUGGAGCGUUUUGGGCGCCGCUUCCCCUUGGCCCCAGGAAGGUGUCUGGAAGAGUAUGGCGCCUUCUAUGUGGGGGGAUCUGAGGCCAGCCCUGACCCUGACCCAGACCUGAGUCGGCUGCUCUUGGGGUGGGCACCAGGGCGGCCUUUUUCCUCCUGCUGUCCAGACACAGGGAAGACUAAGGAUGAGGGUGCCUGGGCAGGACGGCUAAGGGCGCGAAGACAAUAUCUGGUCGAGAGGGCCAGAGAUGCCCGUGUGGUGGGACUGCUGGCAGGUACAUUGGGUGUGGCCCAACACCGUGAGGCACUGACACACUUGCGGAACCUGACUCAGGCUGCCGGCAAGCGUAGCUAUGUGUUGGCCCUGGGACGGCCCACCCCUGCCAAACUUGCCAACUUCCCUGAGGUAGAUGUCUUUGUGCUGUUAGCCUGUCCUCUGGGCACCCUAGCCCCCCAGCCUUCUGGUAGCUUCUUCCGGCCUGUAUUGGCACCAUGCGAGUUGGAGGCUGCCUGCAACCCUGCCUGGCCACCUCCAGGCCUGGCUCCCCACCUCACACAUUAUGCGGACUUGUUGCCUGGCUCUCCCUUCUAUAUGCCCCUCCCACCACCUGAGUCAGAGCUGUGGGACACCCCAGAUGUGUCGCUCAUUACUGGAGAGCUCCGACCCCCACCUGCCUGGAAGUCAUCAAAUGAUCCUGAAUGCUCAGCCCUGACCCCACAACCUCAGCUGGAGCUGGCUGAGAGCAGUCCUGCAGCCUCAUUCCUUAGUUCCCGGAGCUGGCAGGGGCUGGAGCCCCGCCUGGGUCAAACACCAGUGACAGAAGCUGUGAGUGGAAGACGAGGGAUUGCCAUCGCAUAUGAGGAUGAGGGAAGCAGCUGAUACCACGUGAGGCCAGAUACAGAUGGACUUGUGAAUUGCUGCUAGACCCCUCAGUGCUCCCUGCACCAACCUCCCAUCCCCUCGCCAGGAUCCUUGAAGGAGCCUUGAUAGAGGGAGGGUAUGCAGUGCCUCAGUGAAGACAGGAUCUGUCUCUGUACUGUUCUGGCACUGGCAGAGGCACAGCUCAUAUUGGCUCAGUAAACGUCUGUUUUUUGGCUGAUGGGGGAAAGGGCUUAUGGACUUC